AUGUUGGGAAGGCGCUCGGCUGCCUUAAUCGCGGGCUACUCACUGAGCGAAAAGAUUAUUUUGACUUUUCCUGCGUGGCCGUCCGAGCCAGCGCGGUGCCACCGUCCGGGAGGGCUCCCGGAGCGCCGCACCCGGACCCGCCGGUGGGGGCACGGCACAGCCCGGCUCAUCCCGGCACAGCCCGGCCAGCCCCGAGCGCCGCCGCCCGCGGAGCAGAGCCCGGUUCGGGGCGCUCCCUCCCUCCCGCCCUCGGACGGACCCCCGUGCCCGGCGCCAGCCCGCGGGUCCCGCUCCGUGCCCCGCUGCCCUCCCCGCCCGGCCCCGCCGCACCUGCUGCGCCUGUCCCGCGGACCCAGCGGCUGCAGCGGCGCCGCCGCUCCUCAUGCUGCCGGCGCUGCCUCGGCACGGCUCGCCGGGCUCGGGGCGGGGCCCGCGACCCGCCCGCCCCAGCCCUGGCCCUGCCCGGCCUCGGCCCCAGCCCUGGGCGUCCCGGUGGUUUCGGGCCCCGAGCGGGACGAAGCGGCCCCACCUGCCAUAGGGGAAGCGCUGCGAGGGACAGUGUGGGAGCCCGGGGUGCUUCCUCUCCGCUGCUAA